AGUUCUCAGAAGAUACAGAUAUGGGCAUCAAGGUUGAGCAAGUCCUUCACAUGGUGGGAGGAGCUGGAGAAACCAGCUAUGCCACCAAUUCCAGGCUUCAAGAGAAAACGAUAUAUAGAACGAAGCCGAUAUUGGAUAAUGCCAUAGAAGAGAUUUAUAGGACACUGCUCCCUGAGAGGCUGGUGGUGGCCGACCUCGGUUGUUCUUCCGGCCCAAAUACCUUUCUGGUGGUCUCCGAAGUGCUCGGUGUCGUCGGUGAGCUACGUCGAAGGCUGGAGCAGAAGCCGCCGGAGAUCCAGUUCUUCCUCAAUGACCUCCCGGGGAAUGACUUCAACAACGUCUUCCGGUCACUGGAAAGGUAUGGGAAGAAGAUCGAGGAAGAGAAGGGGGAGCUGCUUGUGCCCUACUACGUCGUGGGCGUGCCCGGCUCCUUCUACGGGAGGCUCUUCCCGUGCACAAGUGUUCACUUCUUCCACUCUUCCUACUGCCUCAUGUGGCUCUCUCAGGUUCCUCAAGCACUUGAGAGUGAUCGUGGUGUUCCACUGAACAAGGGGAACAUCUACAUCACAGAGACGAGUCCACCACAGGUUGUGGAAGCAUAUCAAGAACAGUACCGAAGAGACUUCUCCUCGUUCCUCAAAUCUCGUUAUGCCGAGCUGAGCGUGGGAGGGGGAAUGGUAUUGACAUUCCUAGGAAGAAAGAAGCAACACCCAGCCAUGGGCGAUCUGAGCCUUUUGUGGGGACUCUUAGCGGAAGCUCUUAACUCCAUGGCCUCAGAGGGAGUCGUCGUAGAGGAAAAGGUGGACAGCUUCAAUCUGCCAUUCUAUGGACCUUCGAUGCAGGAAGUGAAGUCGGUGAUCCACGACGAGGGUUUGUUCGAUCUGGACCAAGCACAGAUGUUGGAGUCCAACUGGGACCCGUUCGAUGACUCCGAGGACGAUCUUGUGUUCGACAACGUAGCGAACGGGAAGAAUGUGGCGAGAUAUAUACGAGCGGUGAUCGAGCCGUUGAUCGCACAUCAGUUUGGGGACGCCAUACUUGAUGAAUUGUUCUUGAGAUAUGCCGAUAACGUUUCCAAGCAUUGCCUCAAGGCCAAAACUAAGUUCACCAUACUAGUCAUUGGCUUGAAGAGGAAAGAUUGAAAGUAUAUAUAUAUAUAUAUAUAUAUAUAUAUUGUGGUGCUUGUUAUUGGUGAGCAUAUUAUAUAUAAUAUAUGGUGUAUCUCUCAUUGAAUGAAAACUAGUCAUAUGAUUGUC